CCGCACCGCAACACAACACAGUCUGUCCACUGACAGCUCUCUCUCUCUCUGUCACUGACAGCUUUGCAUGAGCAACAACUUUCCUUCCUUCAGUCACUCUUCUUUGACUGACACUGGAUGCCGGCUUGCCACAGAUUUUAUUAAAACGGUUUGUGUCAGCGAUGCAUUUUUUAUUAUUAAACUAGGACAACAACUGUGAGCUAUUUUUAGGGUCAAACAGCUUACUGUAGGAGCUUAUGCUUAAAGUUUAGCCUUUAGACCAGAAAAUCAUACCGCAGCGUGCCAAUAAACCAGCAUUAGUGGGUGUUUUUGGGGUUUUUUUGUUGUUCUUUCUUUUUAUGCUUUGCUUUACUCAGACCUAUCUGUCAGGCUAGAUUGUGUGACUCGUCCAUAUAUCCAUCUCAGGACCUUGUGUGCAGUGAGUCAGUGAAGUCGGUUGGCACUGCACAGGAAGCUGCGAUGGCUGGUGGAAGGACUAUGAAGUGGGGUUGGUGGGCACUGUGCCUCCUGCUCCAGUCUACCCACACCACCACCACCACCACCACCACCAUGACAACAGCCACCCUCUCCGCCAAGGGCUCCCCACUCAGGGGCUUCUGUUUCUGGACGCGGACGCUGGCGGACGGCCGUACCCACCAGACCUUCCUGCGCUGGGAGAAGGGCGGGCACGGGCACGGCGGCGGUGGGCACGGUGGGGGGGGGCAUCAGCUGGUGCUGUACCAUGGGCUAUGGGGCGCCGACGGCCACCUGCAGCAGUGCGUGGUCAGCCGAGACGCCGCCGUCGCCCACGGCUACCUGGCGGAAUGCCAGCAGCAGGAGCUGCCAGAGGACCUGAGGCAGAGGAGGAGGAAGAAGCAGCAUCGUCAUCGCCAACGACGACGAGGAAGCCAGGGGGGGCAACAGCAGGAGCAGGAGGAGCAGGAGGAGCAGUUGUUCAGUCGCGUUCCUCAGAGGACGUUCAGCGACACACACACUCUGUUGCAGGCGGGGGUGUGUGAGGAGGCUGCUGCCGAGGGGGUGUUUGCGUUGGGGGAGAGGGUGGACACACACACGCAGACGCAGACACAGACACACACACCUGUUAGGCACCCGAGGGACCUGCAGAGCCUGCGGAAUGAUCUGGCGGAGGAGGGUUCCGGUUCCGGAAGCCGUCAGCUAAGGAGGAGGAGCAGGCGAGGCGUCAUGAUGAUCCCCGGAACACUGUGGUGCGGCUCUGGCAACACGGCGGCCAACUACACCGACCUAGGAUCCUUUUCGCAGACGGACCAGUGUUGUAGAGAUCAUGAUCACUGCAAGUACACCAUCACCUCCUUCCGCAUGGGAUACGGCGUCUUCAACGCCAACAUCUUCACACUGUCUCACUGUGAAUGUGAUAACAAGUUCAAGCAGUGUCUGCAGCAGGCCUCGGACCCCAUGGCAGGCAUCGUGGGCUACGGCUACUUCAACCUGCUGAAGAUGAGGUGCUUCGAGUGGUCCCAGAGGAUGGAGUGCGCCCAGCGCAACUGGUGGGGCAGGUGUGUGUCCUAUGACCUGCAGCCCUUCGCUGUGGUGCAGGAGCCCACAGACUUCAACUCCACUCUACCCGGCAACUCCUCCUUUCCGUACCUAAACCUGACUACGGAAGCUGGCCUGGGACACAACUCCUCCUUUCCGUACCUAAACCUGACUACGGAAGCUGGCCUGGGACACAACUCCUCCUUUCCGUACCUAAACCUGACUACGGAAGCUGGCCUGGGACACCUUGAACCGCACCCUGGACUGAACACUGACCCGACCACACAAAUUUCAGACAGUGCCACCACUAGAUUACCGAACACUAGCAUGUCCACCUCAACCACCAUCCCAAACAGCAUAACCUUUGAGUCAGACAUUGAAAAAAACACAACUGGCAACAACAGAAUUAGCUUCACAGGCAACAGAACUGACGAGAUCCACCUCAUCAUCAGAACAAAUUUCACACAAGGCACAAAAAACGACAACAGAACCAACAUCAUGGACCAAAGAACGAAUGCCAGUGAUGCCAGAGAUGAGCAUGUUGGUGAAAGAACAACAGAACGCAAUGUCUUGGACCACAGCAUCAACAUCCAGACAACAACACCGAGCUACCCGGGAGGCAACAGCUACCUCCAUCCCCCUGUUACCACGGAAGCAGCACCCACAGGUCCACAGCGUGUGUGCAGUAUCUAUAAGUUCCUGGAUGACUGCCGACUCCAGGUGCCUCCCCUACAGGAGUCCUUUGGUCUGAGGAACACCGAACUGAGAACCCUCUACCACUGCAACUGCACCAAAAGGUUAGCGGAGCAUCUGCCCCGACUGGAGGCGUCGGGCCUGCACGCGUCACUCUUGGACUUUGUAUCCGAGUCUUGCUUCACGCUGCCUCACACACAGAGCAGCGGCGGCGCGCCACACCACAGCAGCAGCGGUAAUGCGCGCUGGAUCUCCGAUGGAGACACGACAGAACCGCCUCAACCGGGAGAGAAAAUCCGCUACAAGCCCCGAGUGCCAGAAAAAACGGGGAUUUGA